AUGAUUGGGGCUUCGGCUCAAAACGCAUCAGGAACAACUACAAACACUCAAACCACUACUCCAGAGCGGGGUGGCCUACCGUUAACAGGUACUCUAAGACUAAGGGGAGAGGCAGAUGAGCAAAGUAGUGAACCGCCAGAACAAGAGAGGCAUAUAAAAUGGGCAGAGGACGUUGUCGAUAACGAAGGUCAGGGGAGGAAAAGCUCUAAAGUCUGUUGUAUCUACCAUAAGCCACGACCCGCAGGCGAAAGUAGCUCGGAAUCAGAGUCGUCAGACUCGGACCUCGACGAUGACUCUGACGAUGAUGCUGGUGGUGGCCGAUCAGACAAGGCACAUUCUUACAAAGGAUCCGGAUGCUCAGACCACCAGAAACGGAAACCAAGACCAAACGCUUACGAACGGAUCCCAAAAAAUAAGAAAUAG